GCUCACGGCCAGCUUUGUAAGCAGAACCACCUGCCUCGAUGGAGCCUCGUGAUUCACGAUCAGGUCACCGGGUGGCAUAUGUCUCCCUACUGGCUCUUCUAGCGACGGACCUAGCUUUUAGUUUCGUCGGAAGAGUGGCUGCUUUCGCACAGCCGCCGCAUCGUGGGCACAUGCUCACACGCACCCGUACAAAAUGGCCUCUUUCACCAUCGGCCGGUCGCUUGUCGAUUUCUUCCUCUAGCGUGAGCGCCACAAGAAAGUGCGCACAGCGCUGCUCGACGGACACUUCAUGUAGGAUGGCCACCGAAGAUCAGGCGGACGAGAACCUUGCGCAAGUGUGGGCGUCAUCGAUCUCUACCAAGAAGGAGCUCGUGCCCGCCAUAGCUGAGGCGGCUGCUAAAGCUCUGGCGCAACUCCCCGAGGGUGCGUCUAUUGAUCUGGCGCUGAUACACGUGUCGAGUAUAUACGGGAACGCGGAGAGAUUGGAGUAUGUGGUGCCAGAACUCAGGAAAGUGUUGCCCGGGCUAAGCGCAGUUGUGGGCUGCAGCUCGGCUGGAGCGAUAGGCAUGCAGGGCAAAGGGCGCGUUGUAGAGAUAGAGAACAGAUCCUGCUUGGGGUUGACCCUAGCCACUUUGCCGGGGGUGAAGGUUCAACCGUUCUACCUCGCCGACAUGGACGUCCCUGAUCCCUUCGAUCCUCCGGCAGUCUGGAAAAGAGCCGUUCAGCUUCGUGACUCAGACAUCCCCGCGACAGAUGCAGGCGGGGACGCGGGGGCACGUGGGAAAGCGGGGGUCGGAGAGCCCAUAUUUCUGUCGUACUCGACCACGGCUUCGAUCGACGCCUUGGGGGACUAUAUGGCGGGCAUGGACCAAACAUUUCCUCGGUCCCAGAAGAUCGGAUCCAUCGCAUCAACGGUUAGCAGUCUGACAAGGUCUUGCGUGUUCUUUGGCGAGGGUGGGACGGCUGGGACCGUAAUGGAAAAGGGUGCAUUCUACAGGGAAGGCAUGGUCGGCGUAUCGCUCACGGGGGACAUCCGAAUGCGUUCUUUCGUUUCUCAGGGAGCGAGGCGAGUAGGACCAACGUUCAACGCAGACAAGGUGGAUGGGCCAGUGGUGAAGAGCCUUCGUGUCGCGGUAAGGGGAGCUGACGACGAGGGACAAGACGAUUGGAUAAGCCCUGCACUGCCGCCGCUAGCCAUGAUAAAGCAGGUGCAGAAGAAGCUUUCCGACGAAGAUAGCAGGCUCGUGCAGACCAACAUGCUAGUCGGCGUCGCACCAGAGCUAAUCGGGAACACGGCCAAUGAGAUGAUGGCAAUCAGCACCGGGAGGGACCACUUCGUGGUGCAGGGGGUCCUGAGAACUAGCUUGAAAGAUGGCUCGAUUACCGUUGGAGACUCCGUCGAGCCGGGGGCACGCCUCCAGCUCUUUGUGCGAGACAGACUCGCUGCGGGGGACGAGUUCCAGGCAGCCCUCUUGGCUUACAAACGCCGUGAGCUAUUGGAAACCCUGGCGUCAUCAUCCGGGGAGGGGACCAGCGAUGCAAGGGACGGAAACGGCGACAUCGAAGAAGCUACCCAGAACGUGGGCGUUGUGGACAGCGCGGUCUCGGGGCCGCCCUCUGCCGGAGAUGAGGGGCAGACGACGCCGUUCCGAGCGGCGGGGGCGUUGUUGUUCCCUGGCUUGGAUAGGGGACGGACUCUGUGGGAGGAGGACCACUACCAAAGCUCUGCGGUCUUCAAGACGGUGCCCGUACCGUUGGGAGGCUUCUUCACCAACGGGGUGGCAGGUGCUUUGUCUGAAGGAUCGCGAACCACUCUUUUUGGAUCUAGCACAUCCGUGGCUGUGUUUUCUCCCAUCACUGCCCGGCGCACUACCGUAGAGCCACGGGAGGGAUCGACAACCGUCGACGACGGGAGCGACGCACGUGGUGUUGUCGUUGGCGAGGAUGGGGAAGAAAUCCUUGGGGACGAUAGCGACGACUUCGUCGUGCAGCGCCGUGACGUCAAAGCCGGCCGGGCUGUUCUGUCGGGGCCUGUGCUCUACAGCGUCGCCGAGAGUGUGGCGCAACCCAGGAACACGCUCGAGGCCUUGGUCUGGGAAAAGGAAGCGGCGGUGGACCGCUCCCGCGACCGUUGGCCGAUGAGCUUGCUUGUCAGCCGUUGCCGGAUGUUCAACCUCGAAGAGAAGAACAAACCCAGGGAUGUUGUGGCCGCGUUGAUCAACGGAAAGGGGAAUGGCGGCGUUGCCAUCUUAGCCGAGGUUAAGCGCACGGCUCCAGUGACGGGGAAGUUGCGACGUGGAGAGUUUGAUGUGGUGGAGUUUUCUCGAUCCCUGGAAGGAGCCGGGGUGGCAGCUAUUGCUGUGAACACAGACCCCAAGUUCUUUGGUUGUUCCUACGAAGAUCUCACUAGCAUACGGAGCGCGGUGACUACUCCGGUCAUGUGCAGCGAUGUGGUGGUAUACCCGUACCAGAUCUACCAAGCGAGAUUGGCAGGGGCUGACGCUCUCAAACUCAUCGCACCGGCUCUUCCGGCGAAGGACUUGAUGUAUUUUCACAAGAUUUCCAAUGCGCUAGGAAUGCAGUGCAUCGUGUCGGUGAGUUCGGCGAAGCAGAUGCUCAUGGCACUCAACCUGCCUGGCAUCCGAGCGGUGUCCAUCAGCAACCGGGACAUGGCUACAUGGGCCUUGGACACGUCUCGGGUAGAACGAAUCUUGGGGGACACAGAGGUGCAAAAAGGGCUGGAAGGGAAGGACAUCACUCUGCUCGUCGAGGGCGGCCUGCAGACGAAAGGAGAUCUUGACCGCACGAAGGCCGCUGGCAUCUCUUGCGUGGUCGUAGGGGAAGCGUUUAUGCGGAGCGAAGACCCGGCAAAAGCAGCACAAGACCUUCUAGUCUAGCGUGUGCCUCUGCUGUGAUAGGGAGAGGUGCUCCAAGAUGCGAAAAAGACGAUCAAGGAUUAUCAUUAACUAGACUAUUUUGCUAGGUCAGGUCCGAGCAGCAGCUUUGGUUCUUGUGGACACUGGGUAGGUUUCAAUGCGUGUUUCUGAUGUUAUCUCGCAAUGAGUUCUGCAUCUCGUGUUCGAGCCAUCGAAAGUCGUCCCGAACGGUAGGUUGUGUAGUUCUAGGGCCGCAGGGGUGGUGAAACCUACCGAACGGUCUCCAGUUUUUCGCCGAUACCGUUCUCGCUCUUAUGUGUAAAAGGGUAUCGAAUCAGCGCACACGUCUCACCAGAUUCAC